GCGCUUUGCCUUUCUCGGACGAAUAGUCUCAUCCCAUCUCCGGAGCUUUCAAUUACCAACCCACCCAUCCCAUUAUCACUCAUCUUGUAACGACCGUUUCUAGGUUGUGAAACAUCCCACCUCACACGUCCGACCCGUAGCUGCUUUGGCUGCAUCAUGCUCAAGGGGGUCAAGGUGAGUCACACACCCUUCUGCUCUCAGGUUUGGCCCCACCCACGUUCCCCCCCUCCGAUCCGGAAGGAGUAGUGGCAAUCUAUCGCAUGAGAAAGCUGAUUCCAUGUUCGUUCGCCAGCAACUAUGGCCCUCGUCGUCUUCAUCUCAGAAUCAGAGUGGUUCAACCGCCUUGACAGGAGGUGACAGAGAUACUUCAUCACCCACUCUCUCUCCUUCGACGUCAUUCGCUCAUCUAGGUGGACCGGCUGAUCAAUCGACUCCGAAAGCAUCUUCUCAAGCGACUCCGAAUCCCUUCGAUGCCAUCUCCACUCCCGGUGCGGGACUUGCCAGAUCUACCGCUGGUCUGUCACUUGAUCCCAGCAAGAGAUCAAGUUCCCCAGCUGUCACGCCUCAUCCUGGUCCCUCGGGCUUGAGAACACCUACUUCCCACUCGUUUAUGCCCUUACCGCUCGGUACACCUGGAGCCGGUCAACCCACGACCGGCGUGACCGUUGGCGAUGCGGUCGGAUCUAACACCGGUAUGGGAUUCGGACUACAUGAGCCCCCAAAGAUGAGAAAGGCCAUGAACAAAGCUCCCGACGGAUCCAAUGGGAAUGGACAUACCAUUCCAGAGGAAGAACACACGGGAGGGACUACGAAUGCUACCACCACCUCUGGUACAUUGCCUGGUUCCGGAGGUUCUUCCCUCAGCAUGUCUAAACCGCCCGGUGCUGGCGCGAUGCAGGAACAAAGUCAACCUGGACACUCUCAUUCCUCCAACUCGGCGCCAAGAGGUACACUCUCCGUCAAGCUUAUCUCGGCUAGAGGACUGGCAGUCUCCCAUUCCCAAGAUGCCGAUCCUCAGCCCUACGUCGUUAUUCAAUUCGAGCAGAAUGAAUUCGUUUCCCGUCCUCCACACCCUGUAGCUUCACCCGCUUCGGUUCCCUUCACCACAUCUCAAGCUCAACCGAUGAACAACUCCAAUAGCGGUCCCGGUAAUUUGACACGUAGCACCUCUGGCUUGGGGGUCGGAACGAUUACCAGAGCGUUUGCAGAGGCCGUAGGGAGGUCUUCAAAGAAGAAGGAUCUGGAUGAGAGUGGAAUGAGGACGCCGCGAGCCGAAGAACCAGUCGCAGGGAUGAGCUGGUUGGGUAGGCCCGGUCCUGGGGAUCCCGUCUGGAAGGAGGAAGUAGCCUUCGACUUGACAUCCUCCACAUCCGCCUUGCAUGUCUCGGUUUACGAUCGUAAUCGACCAGACGAAGGCUUCCUCGGUAUGCUGGAUAUCAAACCGGUCCUCAAGGACAACUACACCUUGGACAGCUGGUACAAGCUAGGUACGAGAGGAGAGGAGAACGUCACUGGGGAGCUGUGGAUCCAAGUCACAUAUAAUGCGAUCAGGAGCAAAGCGCAUCUCAAACCAUCCGACUUUGAAUUCCUCAAACUGAUCGGUCGAGGUACCUUCGGCCGAGUCUUUCAGGUCCGAAAGAAGGACACUCGUCGUAUCUACGCGAUGAAGGUUUUGUCAAAGAAGGAAAUCGUCGCAAAAAAGGAAGUCGCACAUACCAUCGGAGAACGGAAGAUCCUUCAGAGAUCCCUGGAAUGCCCGUUCCUCGUUGGCCUCAAAUUCUCUUUCCAGACCGAGAAGGAGCUUUACUUUGUGACGGACUACAAGUGUGGUGGAGAGCUCUUCUGGCAUCUGCAAAAGGAAGGGAGAUUCAACGAGGAUCGAGCGAGAUUCUACAUUGCCGAGCUAAUCCUGGCUUUGGAGCAUUUGCACAAGUACGACAUCGUGUAUCGUGAUUUGAAGCCUGAGAACAUUCUGUUGGACGCGACAGGGCACGUCGCUCUCUGUGAUUUCGGACUGUCGAAGCCUGAUUUAUCGAAUGACCAGCUCACCAACACGUUCUGUGGGACGACUGAGUAUCUCGCUCCAGAAGUGUUGCUGGACGAGAAGGGUUACGGCAAGCAUGUCGACUUCUGGUCUCUCGGUGUGCUGCUUUUCGAAAUGUGCUGCGGAUGGAGUCCAUUCUAUGCAGAGCACACUCAGGAGAUGUACCGAUUGAUCUGUUACGGCAAGAUCCGGUUCCCAAAACAUGUCAUUGGCGACGACGGCAAGCAAUUUGUCAAGGGCCUUCUCAACCGGAACCCGCAGAACCGUCUCGGAGCGAAGCGCGGAGCCGCUGAACUCAAGGAGCAUCCCUUCUUCUCGCAGAUCGAUUGGGAUCUGUUGUACCGCAAACAAGUCACUCCACCUUUUAAACCUAUCGUAGAUUCAGACGAGUCCGUCGCCAAUUUCGAUCCGGAAUUCACCAAUUCGUCCUUACAAGAUGCGGGCAUACAACCAUGGGAUGAAGAUGAGUCUGAAUCCUCAUCCAGUGUUCAACGUCACAACUACCUCGGACCUGGCGGCAGUCUCACUUCCCCUGCUGGGCAACACAUGGCCAAUCGGAAUGCUGUGCCAAUUCAAAAACCUGGACCUAAGCCUGUUCCGGGAUCUGAGGGAUCACCUUUGACCAGCAGUCUUCAGGAGAACUUUAGAGGCUUCACCUACACUGGCGAAUCAUCGUUGAUGCCUCAGUCACACCUCCACGAUCAUUCAAUGGACGAUCACGACGAUAUGGAAAACGCCGUGGACGACGAUGAAGACGAUGAAGGUGAUGAUGAAGAUCUCGAUGACGAUUAUGACGGUGAUGGCGUGCGCACAAGAAGACAGAGUGACGUCGAUAUGGACUAGAUCGCAUCAUCCCUGCGAAUGUGCAGCUCAAGAUAAACCUCACUGGAUCUGGCCCCUGGCUCGCUUCCGAGCCGCAGCACCUCGAAAGGUCAAUCCGGCUCUCAGUGCAUCUUUCGCCAUGUAACUCUCUGUCAUUUUGGACCCGACAUUCGUAUUCCCAUCGAUCACGCUUGUAUACUAUGUGUAUAGUAAUUUUCGAGGAGCGUAUCUCGAGUCAAUCUACCUACUUUUCUUGACACUCUCCCCUUC